AUGCCGACCAAUAUCAAAGCUGAUGCCUUGCCCGCACUUGAGAGACUAGCAGCAUGGGUCCGGAGCGCCGAUAUGAAGGAGUAUAAUAGAGAAAAGAAUCUUUUGGAAUGUGUGGACGAGGCUCGUGAAAUAGAAGCCCGACCUUUAAUGGAGCAGCUGGGAUAUGCCACAAGGGGCCAUGGCGCUUUGCUGUUGCGGAUAUGCGGUAAGGCUUCGAUUGAGAAACAUGAUGAUGGUCGAACGUUAUUAUUCUUCCCUCUGUCCGGAGACGUCCAAGUCGCCGGUGAAGUCCUCGAACCAGGAACCUAUACUAAGAUCACAAAGACUCUGGACCUUGACGCACAAUUAGAUUGUCUGAUUGUCAUUCUACCCUAA